GACCAAUAGACCUUUCUCCUUUUAAGUGAAAUUUUGAUCUAGACAAGUCUGGACAAACAUUUCAUCAUCAAGAGCAUCGCAAAAUUAGUAAUAUUCCAAAGUUUCGAUCAAACUGAUUAUCAAUUUCCCGUUUGUAAAUUACAAAAUGACUGAAAAACGGCAAACUUCGCAAGGCUGUAUUAUCCGCAUUUUACAACAUUUCGCAACGAAACUUCGGAAUAUUACUAAUUUUGUGAUGCUCUUUCAAGCUGUGAUGAAAUUCUUGUCCAGACUUGUCUAGAUCAAAAUUUCACUUAAAAGGGGAAAGGUCUAUUCCAAUCUAAAUUAACCCUUAGCGGCUGCUUCCAGUGUUUGUACAGUGUAUCUCGCGAUCUUAGGUGCGAUAUUCUUCUGCUGGAUGUUAACGAGAGGAUGAGUUUAUAUGAGUGUUCAUACUCAGAGCAUUCAGAACUUACCAGAAGAAAAUUUGCACCAUAGAUAUCGAAGUGUUGACCCGUGUACUGACCUAUGCUUUUCACCUCGAUAUAGACAACUAAACUAUUACGAAAAAAAUAUCAACUUAAAAAUUUUGCCCUAAUUUUAUUCCAUAUCUUUGACUUUUUCAAGAUAGAUUUGUUCAGAAUUUUGUACUCUUUCAAAUUCUCCGCUGGAUAUGUAAAAUAUACACUGUACUUUUGUUUGUAUAGUAUAAUGCCAUGGAGAUGUACAUAUUGGUCGAGUGUCGAGGUCCUCGACAUUUUACCCUCGCCCCAGUUGACCCCAAAAAUCCCAACCAAAAUACUUUAAUUACGUCUUAAAAAUUGAGUGUAUACAUGCUCACUUGGAUUAUCCACCAAAUCCAGAAUCCAAGUUCAACCAAGUGAAGUGCAAUACCAUGCUUUCAAAUCCAUCUUUAAUAUAAGCAGUAGUACCCUCGACACUCGAGUGAUAAAUAAACUCAAUGCUGUCAUCAUUUGUAACUUGAUAUGUAAUAAACUCUUAAACACACAACGCCUACAUGUCAGUUCGGUAACUAAGUUGCGUAGUUUGGUUGCAGAUAUUUUACUCUUCCGAAAGUAGUUCCGACUAAAUUGGAUUUCAAACCAUGGGCACAUCACAAAUGGCAAUCGAUGAUGGUAUUCCCGAAAAGACAUCAAAUAAAAAGCUUAUAUUAAUUGGCGUUGCUGUUGUGGCUCUCGUUGUUAUUGUUGGCGUCUUAGCUGGAGUUUUGAGCGCAAACAGGGAGAAAGAUAAUUGCGACGAGCGUGUAAAAAAAGCCGUUCUCGCAGCCAAAGCCGAGGGGGAAAGCGAAAGCACUACUACUAGUUCCACAAUGGGGCCAACUACAGGAUCGAUUCGCACAACCAUGGGGGCAACAACUCCAUCCAUCUUAGAACCAUGGGAAAAAAUCAGGUUGCCGACCGACAUUGAACCUAUACACUAUGACAUGCUCAUACGAGUCUACUUGGAAACUCUGAGCUUCUCUGGAAAUUCAAAUAUCUCUAUUGAUGUAACAAGUCAAACGGACACAAUUCUGUUUCAUAUAAAUAAGAUUAAUAUCACUAGCGUCGAAGUUGUCGACUCCAGUGACAAGAUAUUACCUAUCAACAAACAAUUUAAUUCCAUGAAAAGACAGUUCUAUGUGGUGAUUUUAGAUGCGAAAAUGGCUGUUGGUCAGUAUGUGUUAAGGUUAAAAUUCGUUGCUAAUAUCGAACAGGAAGAAUUGAACGGACUAUACAAAAGUACAUAUAAAAACAGCGCUGGUAAAACAAGGUAAGCUACAGCUAACAGCUCUUCCUUUCUACGGGUAAGCGAUAAUCCGGCCCUUUUGUGCUACGAUUUCUAGUGCGAUAUUCUCUUCUAAUCUAGAGGCACUGUCAUCAGUGUCAUGUAUUUUCUUUGUGAAACCGCCGCAUUACAGGUCUAUAAUCUGUUCAUCUGAUCGUUCACAUCCAGAAGGCAAAAAUCGCACCUAAUAAAUCGUCGCACAAAUUGGCAUUUACACAGAAUAUUCAGGAUGUGCUAGUCGCAUACUUUAUAUCCCGGAGGUACACCAAUACUGCGGUCCGGUACUUCUUUGUUUGAAGUCGAUCUGCGCACUUAAAUUUUACUUUAUACCCACACUUGACCAUAUAUGACCAGCAAAGAAACUCUCCGAGUAUAAUUCAAAAACCUAAUUAUAAGAAAACCGUAAUUAUAUAAGAAUAUAGCUGUUGAAUUUGGCUAUUGAAAUAUAUGAGAGAACUGCCGGAGUCUGAGGGGACUAUCAGCAAUCGUGAAGCCAGCUGUCUGCGUUUCGCAUUGCCAUUGUGUAUUCAAAUUGUGCGUUCUCUUCGUUGUUGUAACUCGUAUUUUCAGGUUUCUGAAUGAAUACCUUUUAGAAUACUUUGCGGUUUUAUGCACUUUAUCUGAUUAUAACUGCACAUUAAGGGCCAUUUAUACGAGACGAAAUAAGACGCGACUUACAUAAGACGCGACUUAAAUAAGCGGAGUUAUCGCAUAAAUGAUUCUCUAGGGCUUUAUUCUUAUUUACUUGCCAUAGCUAUAAUGUUGUUUUGGUUGUUUUUUUUUUUAAUAUGCAAGGCUAGUAAUUUUACGUUGUUUCAAGUUUCUGGCAUGUGUAGUGUUUAGUUAAAAGGCCUGUUCUUUUUGUACUAAAAUUUCUUAUUUAAGUCGCGUCUUAUGUAAGUCGCGUCUUAUUUUGUUCCGUAUAAAUGGCCCUAUCGAGUCUUACGUUUUUAUGUACGUGGUGUGAGUGAGGUAUACGACUAAAGCUGUUUUCAUCUUCGAUCCUGCGAUUCCGGUGUAGCGCUCUAACCAACUGAGCUACAGAGUCCUGUUGUCCAGAGCUCUAUUAACCGGACGUUCAUGAAUAUAUAAUAAAGGUGAUGCCAAUAUAUGUAAUGUUUAUUGCCCAAAAUCCUGUUUUCAAACUUCAAUCGUUUAAUUAUCGUUACGUACGUCAAUUGAUUCCGGCUUUUCAUUAUGCAUAGUAAUUAUACAGUCUAAUUUCAGCUGCAGUGCUGGAAGUUGACACGCUGUCGACCAGCAGCUGCUGGCCAGUCUUCUGAAGCUUUACUGAAGCUCAUCUACAAAGCGCUAUUAAAUUAAAUAUCUCCGCCAAACUCUGAAAUCAGCAUGAUGAAAUUCGCCGCGGGUUCACUUCCUGCCAGGGACCUUAGUUCAUAAAGUUUCAUUUUUCGCUUCUGUUCGUGGUUAGGUCUAAUAAAUGUAUAUAUAAAUUUCCACUCGACAAUGGACCAUUUGCAUUAUAGACUAAAUUUUGGUCUAUACAAAAAUUUCAUCACAACUUGUAAGAGCAUCACAAAAUUAGUAAUAUACCAAAGUUUCGUUGCGAAAUGUUGUAAAAUGCGGAUAAUAUGGCAUUGCGAAAUUUGCAAUUUUCAGUCAUUUUGUAUUAAUACAAACGGGAAAUUGAUGCCCCAACACCCGAUUGGGCUGUCAAUUUACCGUGCGUAAUACAAAAUGACUGAAAAACGGCAAACUUCGCAAGGCUAUAUAUUAUCCGCAUUUUACAACAUUUCGCAACGAAACUUUGGAAUAUUACUAAUUUUGUGAUGCUUUUUCAAGCUGUGAUGAAAUUUUUGUCUAGACUUGUCUAGAUCAAAAUUUAGUCUAUAAUGCAAAUGGUCCAAUAAUACCCAUCAAAUAUCAUUCCUUCCAGUGAGAUGCCACAAAAAUCUUGAUUUUGAUUUAGGACAGUUUAUUCCCUUUAAUACCGCUCUACACUCUACAGUUUCAUUUUCGUAUUCAGAUUUUUGAAUCUGAAACGGGGUUAAUUGACCAUUUGCGUAAUAGACUAAAUUUUGAUCUCAACAAAAAUUUCAUUACAGCUUGAAAGAGCAUCACAAAAUUAGUAAUAUUCCAAAGUUUCGUUGCAAAAUGUUGUAAAAUGCUGAAAAUAUAGCCUUGCGAAGUUUCCAAUUUUCAGUCAUUUUAGAUUACAAACCGGAAAUAGACAGCCUCGAAGGGUUUGAGGCUGUCAAUUUCCCGUUUGUAAUCUAAAAUGACUGAAAAUUGCAAAUUUCGCAAGGCUAUAGUAUCCGCAUUUUACAACAUUUUGCAACGAAACUUUGGAAUAUUACUAAUUUUGUGAUGCUCCUUCAAGCUGUGAUGACAUUUUUGUCUAGACUUGUUUAGUUCAAAAUUUAGUCUGUUACGCAAAUGGUCAAUUGUCGUGUACAAAAUGUGGAAUUGCUUAGUCUCUUUUCAGGGAAUAAACGUAAUCAUCAAGGGCAUCCAUCUUCAGACUAUUGAGCAUUUGACAAAACCAUAUUUUAAUUUUUAGCUCAUAAUGUGAAGUCAGGAAAAAUCGCAAAAACUACACGACCAUGCAACGUGUGAAUUCUUUCUGCGUCGUGUUUGCUUUGACCUGUCGAUGUGUUUCGCAAAAUACACGUAGUUCCCUAAUUUCUGAAUUCAAUUUUCAAAGUUUCAUGUUGUCUGCACAUGUGUUUCUUUUGGAGACGCCAUUGGCCUUCUGACAAAUCGGAAAAUGAUCAAGAUAGUCACUCGGAUUGAUUUACAUCGGAUUGUAUAGACAUUACUGUUGCCAUGGCUUUUUAGUCUUCAAUAUUUGAGUCACGCUUUGGAAAUGGGAAAAUAAAAUUUUAUUACCCAAACCCAUAGCCCAAGCCUUGAGUUGUUUUGUUUUUUACUUCCCCAACCUUUUACUCACUCAAAAUGUUUUUGUGUACCCAACCCUUUACUCUUUAAUAGGUGCCACCAUUCGCCCAUAGUAAUGAACGGUGUUUCAGGCUUUCAGCCCUUAGGGAUGGCGGCUGAGGGAUGACGGUAUCUGCACGUGCAUCUGAAAAGAUACCGUAUAUCAUAUCGGCAAGGUCACCGGAUCACGUUUGACCUCUGCAGUAUGACGUCAGAGAACGUAAAUGUUACGUCAGUAAGAAUUUUCUAUGGUAUAGAUAUUUACUUCGCUAUAAAUUUCAAAAUGGCGGCAAAUAUCACGUACCACGUGAGAAUAGGCUUUUCUCGAUUGUGCUAGCAUAUUUUUUAGCAUAAUUUGGGUAAACAAGCAUAAUUUUGCAUUUUUUUAGAAAAAAGCACUGCUAGCAUAAUCUGCAGACAAUUGCCAGACAUGUCUAAGUUUCAGAGCAAAAUGCUAAAGAUGUGAAAAUUUUUUUAGUUUUCUUUAUACUUGUUCUUUAGAAUUUUGUCCAAACACUUGCAGGAAGUGAUUGUUAAACAACACUACGCUGACUACUGUAGUUAGUAAGGUAAUCACCUUAAUAUGAGACCCAGUCCACACUCCACAUUUCCCCAUUACUCAAUAUCCAAGAUGGCGUCAGCCUCUCAGGAAAAUAUAAACUUACAGGUUGCACAAGGAAGGCAACAGGAAAAUAGUGAUAAUAAUAGUGCAAACAGGCCACCAGAUUCAAACAAGAAUAAAUACAAGAGCCGGGGAGCUUCUGACGUGAAGAAAAUUUGUUUACGAGAUCGAGUAAAUCAAUUUCCAAAUCAAUUUCCAAAUCUGGGCAACAGAUUUUGUGGACGAUGAUAGAGCCAUAUGAAUAGACUAUUAUGUUGAGUUCAGGAGAAAAGACUAUUAAAAGUUACAAGAUUUACUUUUUAUAACAAAAUACGUUGAUUUUUCCACUUUUGUAGCAUAUUUUUGAAUAGCAUAAUAUAAUAAAAAACAAGCAUAAUUUUUUAAAACUGGUAUAAUUCGAGCAUAAUUUAGACAUUAAACCAGAACUGCUAGUAGCAUAUUAUGCUACUUUUACUAGCACAAUCGAGAAAAGCCUACGUGAGAACGACACGUACUUUUAUUGGCUACUAUAUAUUCACAGCUGAGCUUAGGGGCGGACCAUUAGAAAAGUGAUGAAUAAAAAUCGAGCAAGGGAAACAGAAAGAAAAAAAAUUCGUGCACCAAAAUAGUUUGAAAAAAUAAAUUCGUGCCCAAAUUUGAAGCAAAAUCCGCCGACCGACAAUGGUCUUAUUUAAAUUUGGAUCCACUAAAAGCUCUACUAUAUGAAGUCACAAUCCAGGAUGCGAGCUAAAUCCGCAAUUUGAGCAAAAAUAUUAGAUAUAUCCGCAAUCCGCUGUACUACUAAGAUCCGCAAAUCCGCUGUACUACUAAGAUCCGCAAAUCCGUGUAAAAUAUUCGCCAGAUCCAAAAUCCGAACAAUUUUUUCGGUGAAAUUCGACGUUCCAAAAACCUAUUCACCCGCUCCAAUAAUAUAUGAAAUCUUAUUGAAUUAAAUAUUGACUCUUCUAUAAACUUUUAUUGGGAAAACAUAAACUGAGUCCGCAUUAUUAAACAACGAAGAGAAGUAAAAUUCCCGCUCGUAUAUGCAGGUAUGCUUCAGCACGCGAAAAUUCCGACGAAAUAACAAGGUUCCAAUUUUCCGACGGGUCUCAACAAUAGGGGGGGGGGACAAAGUUUCAAUUUUCUGACGGGUCUCAACAAUAGGGGUGGGCAUGCCCCCCCCCCGGCCACGGGGCCACUGUAUCGGUGUCAGAUUCCACAGCAAAUACACGUGCGCACUAGCCUGCCUUUCGAGGGAAAAGGGGAAAAGUUAGUCUUCUCCUUUCCCCCUCGAAAAGUCAGGCUAUAGUGCGCACACGAGAGCUUUUAGUUUAAGCUGUUGCCAAAUGUUGUGAUUAACUCGGCCAAAAGCUCUCGUCAGCGGCACACUUUAGUUUGUGGGUCGGUUGUACGAGAGCCGAUUAGCUUAAUAACCCUGUAGGUUAACCUAAAAUUCAAGGCAAACUUUUUAACAGCUUGUUUAUAAAUUUGAGUUUGAGUUUUGAAAUAACCAGAUGUGCAGAAAUAUAUAAACUAAAACAGCAGGUUAAAUUUUAACCGAGGUUUAGCGCAAAUCCAGCUUUGAAAAACCGGCCCUCCAAUUUUAUGUCCGGUAAGAUGUCAUUCACUGUGUAUCGUAAGGCCCUGUGUGCUUGAUGUCCAGUUAAAAACGCACAAGUUGUUACAGGUCUGCAAACAAGUUGUUACAAAUCUGUUCACAAGCUGUCGACAAGUUGUGUUCGCACUGCUUGUUCCCAGUUGUUGUAACAAGUUUGAAACAAGCUUUUGACAACUUAUAACUUGGCAUUAUCAGACCUGUUACAAGGUUGUUCUAACAAGUUUGACGCAGUCAUGAUGUAACAAGAAUGUUACAAAGUUGAAGACACAAGAUUGUAACUAUUGUUAUAUAAUGACUGUGUCGGACUUGUUGGAACAACCUUGCAAAAAGUCUGAUAUAUCAACAAGCUUGUUACAACUGUUAAACAAGUUGUUCUUUUCUUGUUCGCAAUUUUUUGAACAAGCAGUGCGAACACAACUUGUUGACGGCUUGUCGACGAAACAUCGCCAACGGCCAACAUUUAUCAAGAUGUUAUUUUUCAGACUUUGUUUUCUAUUAUGUAUAGCUUUUCUAUUUUUAGGGGGAUAAGCCCCCUGCGCAAAAUGCUUGGGCAAGCUCCCCUCCACCCCCACAGUUCCUAAGCCAGUGAGUGUUCCUGUACUGGGAAACUUAAACUCUAGUCGAUCCCCAUUUGCAGAGUUAAGAAACAUGUUCAAUUAACCUCUGCGCCAUCAGCCCGGCUGACAGAAUGCAAGAAACAGAAGCAUAGUUUCUUUUAACUUUGAAAAUGUUUUGCACUUUAUAGGGUGCUAGCAGCCACAGAUUUCCAGCCUACCGAUGCACGCAAAGCGUUCCCUUGCUUCGACGAGCCGGCAUUGAAAGCGACUUUUACUAUCAGUAUCGAGCAUCGCAGUGACUAUACGGCGCUGUCCAACAUGAACGCCUUAGAGACAGUGAAUAUGUCGAACAACAGAAGCAUAACGCGUUUUGCAAAGUCAGUUCGAAUGCCGACAUAUCUGGUGGGAAUGAUCAUCUCGGAUUUUAAGCAUUUGAAUGAUACAACUGGUAUACAUAAGAAUAUCACAGUAAGUUCAUUGAGUAUGUGCAUGGUGACAGAGUGCCGUAAACCUUCCAAUAUAAAACCCUUCCCCCAAUAUAAGCCCCACCAUGUAUAAGCCCACCAUAUUCACUAACGCUCAGGCCAUUCUGAAUAUAAGCCCCCCUCUCCAAAAAAAAUAAGCCUCUCCAUGUUAAGUAUAAGCCCAUGCAUGAGAUUGGUAUUGGACAGGUAUUUGUUAAUGAAGCUUUGUUAACAUCGCAUGUAUUUGUUAACAUUUGGUCAGGUAUUUGUUAACAUCGCAUGUUUUUGUCAAAUUAUUUCUGGGCAGUACUAUAAGCUCACUUCGCCUCAUAUUUUAUUUCUAGAUUCGCACUUGGGGUACGCCAGUAGAAUAUCAAGAUUCAGCUUAUGCACUGAAGAUUGGCAAAAACGUGACCACAUUUUUUGAAAAGUAUUACGGUGUACUAUUUCCAUUGCCGAAACAAGGUAUUUAUAUAUUUAUUGUAUUCCCAUUGAACAUUUGAACUCGUUCCCAUUACAAAAAUUGGUAAAAGUUACACAUAAAAAAUGCAGCUAGUUACCGUUGCAAAAUUACUUCACGAUAAUUUUGUAACUAGUUUCUUUUCGAAUAAUACGGGUGAUAUUAUUUCCCCAAGGCCAAGGUUGGAAAGAAAUACCGAAAAAUAAACAAUGUAUAUACAAAAACUAAAUGACGAAAAACUCGUGAUUAAUUAAACAUCGAAAUUCAUUAAAAAAAACUUAUUACUUAUAUGAUCAGACAUAACUUUAACACUGCUACAUUGGAUUUUUUUGUUCUUUGCCACAUUUAGUAAAACGAGUGAAUUUUAAGAAAAUUCAUCAAAUUUUUCUGUGGUAUAAAAACUGGUUUAAAGAAUCGUUUGUUAUGCAUUCGAAUACUUGAUUGUUUUAGAUAUGGUGGCAGUGCCAGACUUCAAUUCUGGAGCAAUGGAAAACUGGGGCAUAAUCACGUACAGAGAGAGUGCUUUUUUCUAUAAACAAGGAGUGUCCUCUGAAACGAACAAACAAAGGAUUGCUUUAAUUGUGGCCCAUGAACUGGCACAUAUGGUAUGUACAUAAGUCUUCAGACGUACAAAAUGUUAUGCUGCAGUUUUCUUAAUUAAGGCAAUUGACCUAGGGUUAGGAUUUGAGAUUGGUAGAUAGGAUUAGGAUUAGUUUGGGAUUGGUGUUAAGCUUGGAGUUUGUUUUAGGUUAGUGUUAGGAUUUAUUAGUUUAGGAUUGAUGUUUUGAUUAGUUUAGGGUUGGUGUUAAGUUUUGGAUUAGCUUUAGGAUUAGUGUAAUGAUUACUUUGGGAUUAGGUUUAGGGUUAGUGUUAAGAUUAGUUUAGGAUUGAUGUUUUGAUUACUCGAGAAUUAGUCAUAGGAUUAGGUUUAAAUUAGUCUCAGGAUUAGGUUUAGGAUUAGACUUUAGAUUAGGUUAAAGUUAGUAUUAUGAUUAGUGUUAUGGUUAGUGUUAUGAUUAGUUUAGGUGAAGUUUAGAAUUAGUGUUAGGAUUAGUGUUAUGAUUUGUUUAGAAUUAGUGUUAGGUAUAGUUUAGAAUUAGUGUUAGGAUUAGAUUAAGAUUAGUUUAGGAUUAGUGUUAUUAUUAGUUUAGGAUUGAUGUUAUUAGGUUUAGGAUUAGGUUUGGGAUUAGUUUUAGGAUUAGUUGAGGAUUGGAGUUAGGUCUGGAAUAGUUUAAACGUAAGAAAUCGGACAAAUCUCUGCAUUUAAAUUGUGGUUGUGAUGAAGCGUGCCCGUAUCUUUAGUGGUUUGGUAACUUGGUCUCGUGCAAAUGGUGGAAUGAUAUUUGGUUAAACGAAGGAUUUGCAAGUUAUGUUGAAUAUCUGGGUACUCACAAUGCGGAGCCUGACUGGGAGUUUGUAAGUAUUAGGACAUUCAUAUUUUGGGGGUUUUUUUUUCGUUCAAACCGGCAAACCGCAAAGCACCACGUGACUAUCUCUAGCGGUUGCGUUUGCCGAAAAUAUUUAACGUUUUUGAUGGCUGGGGCGAUUUUUCCUGUAUGUCAAUUCCCGCAAGCUUUUAUUCAUUUAUCUCAUCUUAAGUCUUUGUUACACGCGCUCAAAACUAUACUGUGAAUACACUGUUUCACUCGGUUAUGAUUACAUUCAAAAUUUUAUUUUUCGAUACGUUUCUCAAGUGGCAAACAAACUUUUAAGUUUUACUUUUUAAAAAAAGUAUAUUCACGUCAUAGUGCUUUAGCUGUAAAAUUGUGCUAAAAUGAAGUGAUUUUAGAUGGUUUACGCCAAAGAGAACUAAAUUAUGUCUGAGUUCAGUAAGUUUUGCUUAUAUUGCUCUAUAAAUAUGGCGUCGAUUAUACAGCAUCGAUGAUAAUUGUUUCUAAAUGGACAAUAUUUAGGGUUUAAGGCAAUAAGAAUUUUGAGUCAGGGGUACUUCAAUGCUAUGAUUUUUGUUAUAUAGAUGGAACAGUUUUUGAUAAAUGAUCUCCAUCGAGCGUUCAGACUUGACGCUCUCGCGUCAUCACAUCCAAUAACAGUUGAGGUCGAAGAUCCCGAGGAAAUAAAAACUGUUUUUGACGCCAUCACAUAUAGCAAGGUUUGUAGAAUAUCGUGUUGUAUAUAUAGUAGAGCAAAUAUGACUGUACACAUUUUGGCCCAAAAGGUUCACUUUCUGUUAUAAACCGGUAAGUUCACCAUGAAGAUACUCAGUCAAUGUGCUUAGAGACUGGUCAUUAUUUAUAGCGGGGUGCAUGCCGAAGAGAAAUAUUUUUCUUGGUAAAAAUGUUGCUCACCCAAUCAUUACAGGUAAACUGCGUGAAGCGUUCUUCUUUUGAGUUUCUAAAUUGAUUGCAAUUUUCCUCAAUACUAUAGUAUUGCAAUGUAAAAAACUCCCUUGCAAAUCCCUUGAGGAAAUUUGCAAUGUUGCUAAAAGCCAAUUAAAUUUUCCACAGUUCCUGUUAGAAGUUCUUAACUUCCUGUUACAAAUUCCUAACUUCCUGUUCUGUUCUGGGCGUUGCAAUUGGCUAACAAAAAUAAUCGACCAAUAACAACGCUCAGAAAAGAACAGGAAGUUAGGAAAUUAAAACAGGAAGUUAGGAAAAUUUAAAAUGAAGUUUGUUUGCAUUGGAAUAUUGCAAGGAGUUUUUCAAAUUUGCAAAGCUAAUGAGGAAAAUUCCAAAUGAGUUACGAAGUCAAAAGAGGAACGCUUCACGUAGUUUACCUUUAAAAAAGUAAAAUAUUUGAUUACCCAACCUCCAAUAUCAAUUAUCCACCCCUGGCCAAAAACUUUACAAAAUUAUACCAUUCAGUUGUCACACGUGUCCUUUGCCACUUCUGUGACAUGAGUUUGAUAACUGCUUGUGCAAUUUUCUGCAGUCUAAAGUUUCAUGUUGUCUGCACAUGUACUUUUUUGGAGACACCGGCCACUUGCCUCCUGGCAAUCGGAAAAUGAUGAAGAUGGUGACUUUAAUUGAUUUACAUAUUGUAUUGACAUAUGACUGUUGACAUUGCUUAUUAGUCUUCAAUAUUUGAGUGAGUUAUGCUUUGGAAAUGACAAUGAUUUUUUAUUAUCCAACCCUUGAGUUGUUUUGUUUUUCAUUUACCCAACCUUUUGCUCACUUAAAAUUUUGUUUACCCAACCCUUUUCUCUUCGGUGCCACUCCCGCCAUGAAUAAUGACCGCUCCCUAAUUUUUAUUAUCUGUAUAUUUAUAUUUGACGACUAAGUCAUCUCAGACAUUAGAGUAGUCUCAUACGUCUUCUGAUAUAAAUGUUUCUUUGCCUCUAGGGUUCGUCAAUUAUUAGAAUGUUGUCAGAUUUCUUGACUGAAAAAAUAUUCAAGGAAGGUCUCAAGGUAUGUGCAGUUAUUUUAUUAAUUCUUUUUAUUAUGUUUGGCAAGGCGAUCCAUCUGCAAAAUGCAGAAUUUUGAUUGGUUCCUGAGAGGUCGAUACCCAGCUGCAGUACGGAGUGCCACUGAUUUCAUGGUAUGUAUCGCUAAUGUGGACCGCUCGCAAAGAAAAUUAUAAAUAACUCUUGUCCAACAAAUGUCAACUGUUUUCGGAAUGUCCGUUGUUUGGUAUUUUUUAAAAUUGUCCAGAAGGAGCUCGACCUUUGAAUUUACUAUAUGAGGAAAUUGUUAAUUUGAAUUCGUCCGAAAUUAUAUCAAUGCAAUAAAUUCGCACAACUUAUUGGGAUAGAUGAACCUAACCCUAAUCUAAGAUGGUUGUCCAAUACUGUCGAACGUACCCGGAUCGUAAAGAUGGUAAAACAUUGAACACAAUCCGUACGGAUCGUACGGUCCGUACGAACUGUAGAAUGGCUUUACGGACCGUACAAACCGUACGGUUCGUGAAAAUGAUUUACGGUUCGUGAACAUGCUUUGUCGAUGGUGAUGUUGUGUUUAAGUCAGGCCAGAAAAGUUUGUCGAUCCGCUUUAUCUUUGUCAAAAAUUGUUCACAGAAUUUAAAUCCUGCGUUUUUACUGUAAAUGUUCAAACAGUUUUUUUGUCAACAACUUCAAUUAUAAACAUUGUUUUUUCGAAGAAUGCUCGAGAAAAAACACCUAUCCAUCCGAUACCGAAGAGAAAUAUUUUUCUUGGUAAAAAAUUUGCUGAUUCAACCAUUAAAAAGUCAAAACAUUUCGAUUUAAAACCUUGAUAGCUCAGUUAAUACCGCAUGAAAUUCGUAUUGUAAUAUAUCAGAAUUUAAGUUAGUCUUUUCUGGAUACGAUAACAUUUAUUUGAACAGAAGAGCUGUUUUAUAGUUUUCCAGCUAUAUUAAUUCAAACAGGGUAAUAUUUUUGGGGGACACCUGGCAUGAAGUGUCAGCAUUUCUGAAAUUGAUCACAUACCAACUAAAACCCAUCAGUACCGGUCUUCAUGCAUACAUGAAUAUGAAUUAUGAUAUAUAGCAAUCGCGUCGUCUUCGGAAACUUAAGCAUGUUUAUAGAGGGACCUAAAGGGGGGAGGGUCGUAUUCCCAUUUCCCAGCCCAAAUUUUGACUAAAUCCCAUUGUCCCAGAGCACAAAUCCCCAUCAUCUCAGUGGCUGUCCUGCUCAAAUCUUAAUCCCAUUCCCAUUUUCUAUUGUUUUUUUGUUGUUGAUGAAUCCCAGUUCCAGUGCAUGAAAUCCUAUUUUCCCACCCAAAAAUAAGCAAAUCCCAGUUCCCAUUUUACCCCUUCAGGACCCUCUUUAUAAAAUGUACAAAUAUUUGUAACACUUUAGGACUAUCUCGAGAAGUACAAGUUUGGCAACGCUGAAACCAAAGAUUUAUGGGCGGCACUAAGCCUAGUAAGUAAUUAUAUCUUUUACUAUUAACCUUUAUGUUGUAAUAUGUUUUAUUCCAAUACAACAAUUAAUUAUUAUAAUUUAUUCUAAACCCGGAGAGAACGUACUCCAUCCAUGGCAAGCUAGGAAACACUGUCGCGUAAACAUUUUCCCUCUUAAAUCUUUUACCGAUUUUCCUUCCCAGAAAGCGAAAAUGCUUUCCUUAAAUACAAAACAUAUUUCGCUUGUCAAGUGUGAUUUUUGUUGUGUCCUAAUUUACACACACCUUUGGCAAACAUGAGUAAGUAAGCAAAUGUGCUAAUCACCCUUACUUGCAGAUGAGAGCUCAGCUGAAUUGACCACUUGCGUAAUAGACAAAAUUUCGAUCUAAACAAGUCUAGACAAAAAUUUCAUCACAGCUUGAAAGAGCAUCACAAAAUUAGUAAUAUUCCAAAGUUUCGUUGCGAAAUGUUGUAAAAUGCAGAUAAUAUAUCCUUGCGAAGUUUGCCGUUUUUCAGUCAUUUUGCAUUACGCGGGGGAAAUUGACAGACCAAUAAAUACCCUUUGGGGCUGUCAAUUUCCCGUUUGUAAUACAAAAUGACUGAAAAACGGCAAACUUCGCAAGGCUAUAUUAUCCGCAUUUUACAACAUUUCGCAAUGAAACUUUGGAAUAUUACUAAUUUUGUGAUGCUCUUUCAAGCUGUUAUGAAAUUUUUGUCUAGACUUGUUGAGAUCAAAAUUUUGUCUGUUACGCAAGUGAUCAAUUGCGAAAGACGCAACUCAAGCUGAUCAAGUCGAAAGCUUUCUAAGGCACAUGUCUCAUCACAGAGUACAGCUACGUUGGAAGGUUCAGUUUGGGGCUAGAAAACAGUGUUUCUCCAACAAUGCUUCCUUGGUUGCCCAUCUUCGGGAAGCAUGGCUAGAAUACCUUACAUGCACCAGGGCUUUUUGUAACUAUUUACAGGGGAGCAACCCUCCCACCCGAUCAACCAAUUUGGCUGGGGGUCAUUGUCCCUUUUCUCUAAAAUUAUAAGCAAAACAUUGGAAGAAAAACGGAAUUUAGAAGGGAAGUUUGACAUUCUAGUAACUGAAAUUUGCUUUGUGGAUCUUAUGUCAUGUCUUUUAUCUUCAAAUGUGAUUCAAUAUCUUUUUAAAAAUGUUCAACAUUGUAUUGUAAAUACCUUAGAUUUUAAAAAUUUCCCUGUGGAUUGUAUGUCCCAGACUCAAUAAAUUUGUGUUGUUGGAACGCUAGGCUAAACAAGUUAUACCUGGAUUCCAGAGCCUUCAGUAUUAAAUAAUAAAUUGAAACGUCGCGAAGGGUCUGGUUCAACGGGAAGAUUCUUUGAUUAAACCGCGCCAAUCACAAAACGGAAUUAGUGGUUUUAGUACAGAAUUAGUGGUUUUAGUACAGAAUCUGUACUAAAACCACUAAUUCCGUUUUGUGAUUGGCGCGGUUUAAUCAAAGAAUCCUCCAGCCUUCGCGACGUUUUAAUUUAUUAUUUACUGAAGGCUCUGAAAUCCAGGGUAAACAAGUUAGUGACCGAGUUGUGGUAUUUACAUGAAAAUGAAACUGAAGAUUCAGUCAAUUUACAGUAUAAUGUAACACUGCAUAUCCAAACAUCUGUUUCAGAAAACGCACGAAAUGCAGUCACCCCCACUUACAUACGACACCAACAACCAUCAGUCAUCUCUCCAUACUCAGUAUAGUAUGGUCCCUUUUUGUAAGUGCCCCCACCCCUCCCACUCAUGACGAAUUCUUAAAAAAGAGCCUGCCUUACAUAAUUUCUUGCAGAGAUCUGGUAAGAAUGUCACCAAAUUGAUGGAAACGUGGACGGAACAGAUGGGUUAUCCCGUGGUAAAUAUUACCAGAGAUGGAUUAGGCAAAGGCAAAGCUGAUCAAAAACAUUUCCUUCUUGAUCCAAAGGCUAAUGUCACCGAGCACUCAGACUUUAAGUAAGUAACAAUUGUAUGAGUGUUAGCAGAGUAGUCACUUCGAAACAUCCAAGACAGUCUUGUUAAUCAUUUUCAGGAAGUACAAACACAAAUCGCAAGCCACGGAGAUUAUUAGCAGAUUAUUUUCUAGUUUAACCGAGUGUUGUAUUUUUCGCAACGGCUUCUGGUUAGGUCAUAAAUUGUGUAUACAGUCAAUUCAAUUAAGGUUGUCCUUUCAAAAAUUUAAACCUUAAACCCUGAGCGCGCGAGGGAUGACGGGUUAUUGCUUAUUUACACUCAUAAACUUUGAAAUUUGGCUUUGCAAGAAUACCUAAGACAUAUAGAAGACUCACGACAGAAAACAUACUUGUUGCAAAGGCAAUUUUCUGAAUUUAAGGGCCUAAUAGAUGAAAACCCAUCAUCCCUUGCGCGCUCAGAGUUUAAGGUUUAAGGUUUGAGGUUUUGAAAGGACAGCCUUAAUUGAAUCAGCUGCAUAUACUGUAUGUUCAAUAGACCUUAUGCAUAAUGACGUCACAAGGACUGAUGCCCGCGAGGAAUGCUGGUCUUAGCAGUCAUCGCCCGGGAAACUUUCGAUAAUGGCCAUUUUGAAUUGUUUAAUUUAGGCUACAGGAUACAGCUAAACAGGAAACCGACUUAAAUUUUAAACCUUGGCCAUUAUCAGCGCGAUAGCGGAUUACAAGCAAAACAACAAAAACUUCGAGCCUGUGUCAAGAAACCGUCAGUCGAUGACAGCCAAUGAGAUUGCAUGUGUAUUCGUCAUAUGAAAAUGCUGCUUACAAGCAUCCAACAUUGUGCCAUCAAAACAUUGAACAAAUUGAUGGAAAUUUUUCGUUUUAGAAAUUUAUUUCGCAAAAAUGUUGUAAGAAUGUAGUAAAACUAUCGCAGAUUCAAGUUUUGUUAUUAUUUUAGCGUAGUUGUUAAAAUAUUAGAGUAUUUUUCUAUAGUUUUAUGGUUUACCGAUGUAAAUUUAGUUUAAUUUAAUUACCAACCUUAACCGCAACCAUAACUAGAGAAAAUGCAUUGUUAUCUAACCAUUUUCCUCAUAUUAAAUUAACAGUUUUCCAAACAUUUGAAUUUUUUUUGUCAAAUAUUUAACACGCCUAGCUAUUGGGCUUCCUAUGGAAUAAUAUGAAACUAGUUUUUCGUAUCUCUGAGAAUGGUUCUGAAAUAGAAUUAAUCCCUAGCCCUAUCCUAAUCUUAACGAUACCUAAUCCUGGCCCUGACCCUAUAAUCUUAUCCCCUGCAUAACUGAAUGUCCAUGAAUUUGAUGCCUGUAAUCGCUAUUUAUGUUUGCAGCUACAAGUGGACUGUUAAACUAAGCUAUAUCACUGGAAAUGACGUGAAUAUUAAUAAUAGCACAGUUUGGAUGCACAGAGCUUCAGGUAUCCAAAUUCAAGUAAAUUUAAAUUAAAUUAUUUUUACUUUCAUUGCAUUCAAAGCAAACGUUGUUUUAGAAAUGAGGGGAUGAAGUUGUAAAACGUUUUGUGAAAGCAUUAAUAAUUCAUGAAGAAAACACAAAAGAAAUCAUGAGCGUGAAGGAGUUUGCAUAUAUCUGAUACAGAAUCAUGCUGCUUUACAUAAACUUUAAGUUUAAUUUUCUCUCCAAAUAUCAUUCACUUAUUUUAAAUUGUUGAAGAAUACAAAUGUUCUCAUCAAAACGUUUCACAAGCGUUUUACAGCAUUCGCGUCCGUGUGUUGUAUUGGUUAAAACACGGCUGCUCAUGCUCUAAAUAGUACAUUUAAAGUGAAUCGCAAAAUCUUGAAUUUUUAAAUGCAAGAAGUUCAUUACAUUGACAUUGAUCAACAUUUCUCUCAGCGAACACUGAAAAUGCUCUUCCGAAACGCAAACUUUUUCUGGGGGAGCAUGCCCCUUGGGUUGAGCCCCCCCCCCUUCCCGAAUACUGGUCAACUGUUAGCUUCUUCGAAGUUACAGUACGAAAAUUUAUGCAUUAAAGUUGAAGCAUGAAGUACAGUAGGUACUUAGUCUUAGCUGUUGAAAACUUGUAGAAGUUAUCUGGAAGAAAUGUUGAUGUGACAUUUUUCAGAAAAUCGCCCGUAUUCUAAAAGCUCACUCACACUCACUCAUACUCAAUGGAUGGAAGUUCAAUCUGAGCUUCUUUCGAGUGUCAUUGCUGUUUUUGAAUAGCUGGAGGGUUAGUGUCGGUACCUUAAUAUGUGACUAUACUCACCCUCCAGUUAUUCAAAAACAGCAUUGACACCCAAGAGAAACUCAGAUUGAACUUCCACUCAUUGAGUGUGAGUGAGCUUUUAGUAUACGGGCGAAUAUCUUUUUUGAUGGUCUAGAUGGGAGGGGUACCUAAAAAUCAGUGAACGGUAAAAAUGUUGGUAUUUUAACAGUAAAAGUUUUGUAUUUUAACGGCAAAUCUUUGACAAGUGUUCUGAAACGAUAAACAGUAUUUUUCCUCACGUUUCACAGUAACCAAAAUUGACGGUAACCAAAAUUGAGUGAAUCACACCUCACGAUAUACCCCAUCAACGCCCUUCUUUUGUUUUGCGCUUUCUAGCUACGUUUGACUGGCCUGACGAUACAUGGAUCAAAGCGAACCAUGAACAGUAUGGUUAUUACAGAGUGAAUUACGAACGAGAUAAUUGGGAAAAAUUAGCUCAAGUUUUAAAAGACAACCCCACGGUAUUUAUUAUUAAGUAAAUAGACGGACGGCCAGAAUCUGAAAAUGUACAACAAUUACCAUUUUCGGCCCAAAUGUGGUAACAAUUUCCGCACGCAAUACAAAAGUAUACAGAAUUUGCGAACUUUGCAAGGUUAUAUUUUCCGCAUUUAACAACAUUUCGCAACCAAACUUUACUAUUGCAAUUUUACUAAUUUUAGUAUGCUCUUUCCGGGAAUGUUUUUGUUUUUCAAGAUAUAAAAUUAGUCUAUAAUGGGAAUUGUCUACUGGACUCUGUAGCUCAGCUGGUGAGAGCGCUGCACCGAAAUCGCAGGCCCGCAUGUUAGAUUCCUGCCUAUAGUUGCAUUUUUUUCAGCUUUUUCUGGUUAGGUCUAAAAAUUGUAUAAAAUCUUCGGCUUAAAAUUUCCAAAGUGUACUUUUCUGUAUUUAUUUAUGUUAUUCAUGUCUGGAAUGACAGAAAAGGAAGUAUAUAUAUAUAUAAUAUAAUGAUUGCUCAGUUUUCUCCCAUAUAUGUGUGAAAUAUGUAUUGAAAAUGUCCUCAAUCAUCGCGCUAAAAGCAAAUCUCCUGCAAAAUCCAGGAUACCGAAAUGCCAGGUCUGAGUUGGUAUACGCCUUUUGCACAGUAUUUUGUUCAUAAAAAUUAUUUAUCACCAAUAUGUUGAUGUCAUUUGUUAUUAUAGAGACUGCUUUCUUCUGACAGAACUAGUUUGAUUGACGAUGCAUUUAACUUAGCAAGGUCAGUGUAAUCUACGCAUACGGUGGGACGAAAUUAAAGCCCGCCGCACACGAGCGCACUUGUCGCGCGUACUUGUUAUUCGUGACAAGUUGGAUCGACAAAAUUUCCUCGUGUGCGGACAACAUUUACGGCAUUUUCGUCAUUCGUGACAUGUAAACCAAAUAUCAAACAUGUUUGAUAUUUUUCGUCAUUCGUGACAAAAAAAUUCUCGUGUGCGGCGAGCAAACGACAAGCGCACCUGAAUAGGAUAAUUUGCGCAUGCGUGCAACUUGCAGAAUUAAAAACAACAUGGCGGAUCAAGACCACGAGCUCGUGUCUUGUUUUUGAUUCUGCAAGUUGCACGUAUGCGCAAAUUUUCCUAUCCAGGCGCGCUUGUCGUUUGCUUGCCGCACACGAGAAUUUUUUUGUCACGAAUGACGAAAAAUAUCAAACAUGUUUGAUAUUUGGUUUACAUCAAUACAUGUCACGAAUGACGAAAAUGCCGUAAAUGUUGUCCGCACACGAGGGAAUUUUGUCGAUCCAACUUGUCACGAAUAACAAGUACGCGCGACAAGUGCACUCGUGUGCGGCGGGCUUAAGAAAUGUAGCUCAUGGACGUUCUUGCAAUGUCAACAUUUCUGUCAAUAAUUAGUUUCCGCGCGGUCGAGUCGCUGUAAAUUACUGAGAAAAUAUAUUCCCUAUAUAUUCGAAAAUAUAUUGGAUUCUCUGAAUUGGGUUGUUUCGGGGAUGCGGUGAUAUUCGAAUGUUUCAAGUAUACGUAAUUUCGAGUGCAAUUUUGGAAAGAAUUAGACGAGUAUGUUUUUCAAAGACGAUCACAAUUGCACGAGUCCGAAGGACGAAUUGCCCGUAUGUGCGUGUUCAAAGGCACCCAAUUUAAAUAAUUAUUAUUAUUAUUAUCAUCCUGGAUUCGUUUUAGUCUUUCUUGCCACUAAUAUCAAGGUCAAAUUAUCAUGCUUGUAAAUGUAAAUGUAUAAAUACACAUGCAUAUUAUGUUAAUUAGUAACAACAUAAAUCAUUGCAUUUUUUGGGCUUCCGUGGUGCAAUCAUCGGAGAAAGCGCCUUUUACCUCUAAGCUCGUGGGUUCCAUUCUCGUUCCGGACUCAAAACAUUUAUGUGUAAAAAGGCCGUCAACGCUACGCACCAAAAGCUGUGGGUUUUUUCCGGGUAUUCCGGUUUCUCCCAUACAAGGGUGGGUUGGGAUUAGGCCCUAACUAAUCCUUCCACCGUAGCUGCAUGUGCUCCGAUGAUAAUAGGAAGCUUUAGAUUUGACUACGAGUACGAGUACGAGAUUUGAUCGCGUGCGAGGAAAUCAACGUAGUCGUUUUCGUUUCCAUUCAAAUGUUGCUUUUAUAGCAGUAAACCAACAACGAGAGAAAAAGUUUCAUAAACUAAAUGUCCUACAGACUAAAAUCCCCUACAAAACGUGUAAUUAAUAAAGUCUUAACAUUAAAAACAGGCCAGAUAUUUAGUACUAAUUUAUUAUUUGCGCCGGAUAAACGCUAUAUAAAUGCUACAAAUUAUUUUUGGAAAACAAAAAAGGCCAACUUUAUUUGCUUUUUUGAAAAGUCGUCGUGAGGACUACGAGAUUUCUCCACAAUUUCGCACUACUACUUUUUCGCGUCAGUCCGGGAUGGCGUAAGCAUACAGCAUGCGUUUCGCUUGACGAAUCUCGUACUCGCAGUCGUAGUCGAAUCUAAAGCUCCCUAAUGUGAUAUAUUAAAUAAGGACAGAUGUGUAACUUCAGUAAAAAAGUUGUCCCAUGUUCGCCAUCUUCCUAGCAAGUGUCGCUCGCGUGAUUAUUCGUCAUUUGAUAGUACGUCAUUGCCUUCAAAAAUGUUUUCAACACCUUUUCUACAACUUUAAUUGCUUUUAACAACUUUAAACAUUCAACAAAUGAUGCUCUUGAUUGUUUAAUCCAUAAAUUUCGAUCCAAGAAAGCCGCAAUAAAAUGCAAAAGUUCAAGUUUUCCAGGACGCCAUCUUCCUAGCAAGUGUCAUGGCGUGAGCAUGACGUGUACAUCUAGGGAAAUUUGAGGACACGAAGUCCUAUUAAGUUACACAUCUGGUAUAUACUUCAUCUGUGCUAAUGUGGCUGCCACAGGCGCCCUUAGAAAGCCUUCGACUCCAUCAGGUUGAGCUGCUUCCUUCGCAAUUCAGCUUACGUCUCAGCUGUAAGUAAGGAUGACUAUCACACCCCCACUCACUUACACUAUAAUUCACUUGCACAUUUACCAAUUUCAGGGCUGGCCAGUUGGAUUAUGACAUUGCUCUUAAUCUGUCAUCGUAUGUAAAGAACGAGAAUAAAUAUGUUCCGUGGAGAGCCUUUAUGACGGCCAUAGGUUUUGUUAAUACAAUGUUGAGUACUCAGGAUUCCUAUGGCAUGUUUCAAGUAAGGAACCAGACAUAGUUAAUGCUGAUUAAAUAUAUCGCAGGCUCAAGCGGUAUCGAAAUUACCAAUGCUUUUUGCAAUUAUCGAAAGUGUCGAUACUUCUUCCACACAUAUACAUGUAGACACGCACAAGUUGUUACAAGUCUGCAAACAAAUUGUUACGAGUCUGUUCACAAACUGUCGACAAGUUGUGUUCGCACUGCUUGUUCCAAGUUGUUUUAACAAGUUCGACACGAGCUGUUAACAACUUGUAACAAGUUUGAUGGCAUUAUCAGGUUGUUUUAACAAAUCUAGCAUGAUGUAACCAGAAUGUUACAAGGUGGACGGCACAAGGUUGUAACAAUAUUGUUAUAUCAUGACUGUAUCGGACUUGUUGGAACAACCUUACAACAAAUCUGAUCAUUUCAACAAGGUUGUUACAAGUUGUUCACAGCUUAUUCAAAACUUGUUGACAACUUCGGACAAGCAGUGCGAACACAACUUGUUGACGGCUUGUUGGCAGACUUCUAGAUUUGAGACUUUUCCGUGCAUUGUAGUAUCGAUUGUAUCAAUAUGUUGUAUUGGUAUCGGCCAAUCCCUCCAACUGUGAAAGUGUGACAAAGGCUGUAAUCACUUGCAAAACAUACAUGUCUAGCAUCAACCAGGAAAAUAUAAAUCUAAUCAAGCUGCAUGUACAUUUUGUCUUUGAUUAUUUCUUUAGACAUAUAUGCUUAACAUCUUAAACGAGACACAAAUUGAAAAGGUCGGAUGGAAAAACGUCAAUGGUACUGACAGACAUUUAGAAGUGUAAGUAUUGGCAGUUGCUGUCAUUCGGACAUGUUCGAGAAGGAAGAUCGAUAUAAUAGCGAGCAUAAUUAAGCAUGUAGGACGGCAACACGACGACUACGGCCAAAACAAAUUCCUUCAAGUAAAUUAUAGUAAAGAAAACUUGUUGUAUAUUAUAAUUCGUAUGAAUUUAAUACAGUAUAAGAAGUUAAAAACAUUGGCUUUAUGUUUGGGACGAGUUCUACUGAACCGAAUUUCAAGUUGCACUUGUGACGAUUUGAAAUGCAGGCGUUGUAUAAAAGACGUGAACAUCUGUGAUUUGCCGUUGUAAACAGCGCGACUACUAGGCUAUAUAUAUACGUUUGAAACUCCCCUGGGACUUUAAUUAUUUACAUCUUUUCAUUGACUCAUUGUACACUCGUUGCCGUCGUGUUGCGUCCUACGUGCUUAAGCUCCCUAUUUGGGGGUGAGGGGGGCUCAUAUUCAUAUAUUCGUGUUCUGCAUUUCUCACUUCUUUUGAAAUCGAUUGUUUUUACGGUCUGUAAACAUAAACAUAAAUAUAUGAAUAUGAGCCCCCCCCCCCAAUUAUCGAUCUUCCUACGGCCCUGGAAGUGGAGAUACAGUUCGUGCACUACACCUUACUAUUAAGUCUGCUUACUAAGUCUGCUGCUGUUGGUCAAGGGGGGUGAGGUUAAGGGGUGUGACAUGUAAGUUGAAUUGUAGUUGCUGCAGUCCUCACUAUUUUCGGCGGCAAACAGGAAUAACAAAUCUAAUUAAAAUAAACUGUCGAGCAUUGUGAUUGGAUAAAAAACACUGCGACGAGCUUGAGAGUUGACUCUUGCGACGACCAGGGACGUCGCGAAGCCAUCAACAUUGGGGUGUCGUCACGUUUUGACCAACAUUUCCUAGGAUUUUGACCAAGUCGUACGAAUCUUUCCCGAAAAUUUUGUCGACGGGGGGGGAGGGGGAGGUCAAAAACAUUUUCCGGACUAAAAUAAGCGUAGUCGAAAAAAUUUUUCCCCACUAACAUAAGCAUUUUCUAAUUUUUUCGACCAAGAUAAGCAAUUUUUCACCGCAAACAUAACAAAAGCUUUAAAAUUGUUAAAUUUGCGAACCAUUUCAUAACUUUGAGCAACUUCGACCUUCUUUUAUCCCAAACUUUGACCAAAUUUUUCCGAGUUUUUGCCUUCAAUUUUAAGCAAAUAUCAAUUCCAUUUUGACCAACUUUGACCAACGUUUGAAUCAUUUGGGGGUAUUACAUCCCCCCCCCCCACCACACACACACCCUAUAGCGACGUCCCUGGCGACGAGUGGAAAGGAGACUUAAUCUGGCUUUUACUUUUUCGACCAUUUUGUUAAUUUUGUUCUUUUAACGAGAAUCUCCAUUCAAUUUGCUCUAGAUACAUGCGCAGUUUGAUAUUGAGUGCUGCAUGUUCCUAUGGACACGAACCAUCUAUUAAGAAUGUGAAAAAGUUGUUCAUGGAAUAUCUUGACAAGUAAGUAGAAAUCUGAUAAAGUACUGUAAACUAUAUAGAUUAUAUUAAAUAUAGAUCCGUCCAUGCGAAGAUAUGAUAAUGCGAGGACUUGAAAUCUAGUUCAAUCCGAAUUGGAGGAUUUGAAAUGACAUCUCGUAUAAAUAGAUCACCACUUAAAAUGAAUCAACUAAUUUGCAAUCCAGUCCAAGGACUGAAUUAAUUUUGACACGUACAGUCCUAGGACUGGGUCAAUACACUUCACCAGGUAUGCAGUAUUAUCAUGUGAGCAAAAUAGAGCAACAUGGUUGACUCAUGAGUUAUUAACGUAUUUGAGAUACCUGCUUCACGAGUGGUACCCGGAUCAUACCAGCAGCUCCCUUGCAACUCUGGACCGAGGACCAAGAAGCUGCCAGUUCGCCCCUAAGUACAGAUAAUUAGGACUAUAUAGCAAUUAACGUUGUCUCGACAUUGUAUUACUUAGCAAUGCCACUCUAGAUGUGGAUUUGAAAAGUUUGAUCUAUUACCAUGGUAUUGCAAACACUGGCUACAAAGAGUGGGACAGAUUAUUCAAGAGGUAUAGCAGUACAACAGCCGCCUCAGAAAAGAGUAAAUUACUUUAUGGCUUGGGAGGAUCGAAAGAACCUUGGGUUUUGCGAAGGUGAGUAAGGCUUGUGUAUUUUUGAGUGUUUGGGCCUGUUCAUAUGAGCCAGCUAACCAGGAAACUCACGCAGAGUGAGAUCUGCCCAUACAUAUCUUAUAUACACUAGAUAGCGCAUCUCUUUUAGUAAAAUUGAAGCCAAGAAUGUUCCAGCGGUUAUCCCCAUUUUGUACAAAUGAAUCUUUAAUUAUGGUAUUUGUACAACAUAAUAUAACAGUUUUCAAAGCGUCGACGUUGUGACUCGACGUUGUGACUCAUUUACAGUGGAUUUACCGAGGGUGCUAACAGUCUGACCUCAGCUACAUACAGUGUAGUUUUCCUCAUUGCGCCUAAAAAAUACCUGUGGCUGUGGUUCCGGUUUCAUAUCGCGAAAAAAUGUACAGCUAAAGUUCUUCACGGUUUUGAAUACUUUGGCAGGUCUGCUAGUUAUUGCUAGAAGGAAAAUGUAAGUACGCGAAUAGCAAAUUUCUGCGUACCUACGUGGUACUUGCCUAAAAACAAGGAAGUACCAGACCAUAAAUUUGGCGUACCCCCUGUACGUUGGUACGCGAAUUAUCGCACCCUGGCCAUAUGAGAAACAAGGCAGCACAAAUCUUUACUUUCGUCUUCUAGGUUCUUACGGUAUUCUAUUGACGGAGAGAAGAUUCGUGACCAGGACACUGUGACCGUUGUGGGUUAUGUAGCAAGAAAUGCCGUUGGUCGAGAUCUGGCGUGGAAAUUUUUGAAAGAAAAUUGGAGCAUCUUUCUCAAGAGGUAUUCGUUGAGAAAAUAAGUAGAAUAACAUGCAGCAAACAUCAAAAAGGUAUUCGGAAAUGAUCACGUUUGCAAUUACUUAAACAGCAUACCCCCAAAUACCGUAAACCUCCAACAGUAUUAGGCAGCCCCCUCCCCCCCCCCCCGAAUAUAAGCCCACCACAUAUACUAACGCUCACCUCAUCGUCCAUGUAUUAGCCCCCCGUAUAUAAGCUCUCCCUUGUAUAAGCCCAUCAAAAAUCGCCGCUUACGAAAGUAUAUAAGCCCAGGGCUUAUAGUCGGAGGUUUACGGUAUUUUGUAUCCCCCCACCCCUAAAAAGUUUUCCCACCCCACAAAAAGAUGCUUUUUGGGAUAAAUGACAAUGGUGUGAUUGAAACAAAGAUUUUGAACUAAGUAAGACUAAAAACAAGGAUUUUGAUAGUUCAAAAGACCAAAAAUGUCAAAAUUUCCUGGGGGACUUCGUCCCCUUACCCCGGUUAGCAAUUGUGCCCCCAAACCCCCGCUGCAGUUCGUUCGGCGGGGCUAUGCGCCCCGUAACUCGCCUCCUCCCUAAAUUUUCGUCUAUGACACGUACUGUAUCAACCGAAGUACUUAUUGCCUCAAGUUCAACUUAUUCAUUCAAGUUGAAUUAACACAAGAAAAUAAUUUUAACAUUCCUUUCAUUCACAAUAAGGACCGGUUAUUAUUUAUGGCGGGGGAGACACCGAAGAGAAAAGGGUUGGGUAAAGAAAAUUUUUGAGUGAGCAAAAGGUUGGAUAAAUGAAAAAUAAAACAACUCCAGGGUUGGGUAAUAAAAAUUUAUUCUCAUUUCCGAAGCAUGACUCACUCAAAUAUUGAAGAUUAAAAAGCAAUGCCAACACUCAUAUGUCAAUACAAUAUGUAAAUCAAUCAAUCAGAGUCACAACUGAAUGGUAUCCUUUUUGGUCAGGUGUAAGUAUUUGUUUUUUAAUUGAUAUUUGAGGUUGGGUAAAAAAUUGACUUUUUAAUUGUUGGAUCAGCAAGUUUUUACCAAGAAAAACAUUUUUGUUUCGGUUGUUAUACCCCCGCCAUAAAUAAUUAUCGUUCGCGGUCCAUAAUAGAUCGAAAAAUUAUUUUGUCUUUGCCAUGUGUAAUGCAUUUAAUUAUACCUAAUUGGCGUAAAAUAGAUAUAAAUUUUAAAUUAAAUUUUUUACAUGUUACAUUUUUAUAUACUUUGAUAUAAUAUACUUUGAUAUUAUAAAUAUUUUAAGUUGAUACUGUUUCUUAAACAUUACGUAAUUCAGCUGUGAAGCUGCGAGGUAUUUUAAAUAAAACAGUUCAGCCUUUUGAUUGGUGAUUUUAAGGCGCAUUUCAUCCCUUUUAAUUGAAAUCGCUCUAGGAAAAUCAAUUAUGCAUAAUUCAAAAUCUGUCAAACUCGAUGUUAAAAGUUUUUAACAAUAAAAAUGUUUUAAAAUGUUAAAAACAUUGAGUUACUCAUCUUGAAUUAUGUAUAUUGCAUAAUUGAUUUUCCUAGUUAGUUUUUUCAAAAAGGGCUGAAAUGCACCUUAAAAACCAUCUUUCAAAAGGCUGAACUGUGCUUUAAAUGUUGCUAAAUGUGACAUUAUACUUGAUUGUUUUAGAUACGGCAAAAGUAGUUUCCGAAUGGCAAGUGUAAUCACGUCCACAACAUCCAUGAUGAACACGAAGCUUGAACUGGAAGAUGUAGGUUUUGUUUUGUCUUUUGUUUAAGAGUUCAAUUUUUUCACUUGUUGCCUGGUGGGAUACAUGGCGUUUAUCUAAAUCCACGUGAUCAAAAAUCAGCCAAUCACGUCUAGUUUAGGUUAUAACAUCAUUAUAUAUUUAAAAGAUUCAUGGUUUCGAUUGGGUAACAGCCAACUGUGAAAUCGUCAUGUCAACUCAAUAACGGACCAAAUAUGGAGUUUUGACAUAAUAUUCAACAAAGUGAUGUCAUAAUGUUGAUAUGAUAAAAUUAUAUUCACCGUUAUGACGUCAUACUGUAUACGAAAACGAAAUUUGGAAACACGGGCCAAAACAAUAUGGCAGCGCCUUCGCCCGUAUUUGCCGGUUUAAUUAAAGAAAACAACUUAAACAGCCAAACAGCCACAACAUUUGAAAUUAGCACUGAUGAAGAUCCGGGCUUACGGAUCGAAAACUUUGCAGUAAUAAAUUUACGUGGUGUUACCACAAACAAAACUAUUAUAUGUUUUAUCGCCAUGCAAACCUACAAAUUAAGAACUCAUGUACAAAAAGUUUUGAAACAGCUUGCGGACAUACAUUGUACUUAUGAAAGAAAAAAGGAAAGAUUUUCUGCAAAUGUGCAGGUUUCGCUCGUAUUCAUCUUUUAAAUAAAUAAUAAAAUUUAAAAAAUUAUUGAAUUCAGUUUUCGCAAGAUAUGAGAAUUAUCAACCCUCAGUUUGUGUUACGACCCUCAGCCUUCGGCUUUGUUGAUAACACAAACUUUGGGCUUCAUGCUCAAACCGCAUUCAAUAAUUGGUUAAUGUUCAUAAUAAUUAGGGACCGCGGAAGCUGGUUUUGACAGGAGAAAGUAGGUUGAAUCUUCUACAGUGUCGCAGUUUUACCCGUGCCUACGUGAUUUUCAAAGCAGAGUAAGGCCUGUUUCAAACGUCGCGCUUCUCAUGUGCUGAACGCAGGGUCGCCGGAACUGGGGGGGGGGCAGGAGGGGCAGCCAUCCCCGUUGCCCUUUACCAGGAGGGGCAAGGGGGGCAAAGGUGCUCUUUCAAUUUAAAGGAUUACUUUGGCGAAAUAGCGAAUAGUCAGAAAUGUUGGUGCAAUUCUUUUACGAAUUUGCAUCAGAAAACGCAAGAAAUGCAGUCAUCGAGCUUCAAGAAUAGCACAAUCGCCUGGCGGAGAAUCCCCUCACACCCCUAUCAUCCAAUAAAUAGAAAACAUGAUUAGGCGAAGUUCAACUCCUCUUAGUGUAUAUAUAUAUAUAUAUAUAUAUAUAUAUAUAUAUAUAUAUAUAUAUAUAUAUAUAUAUAUAUAUAUAUAUAUAUAUAUAUAUAUAUAUAUAUCAAUUCAAAAGUGCCCUCUCACGAAAAUCUGCCCCUUGCCUUCACAUCGUUCCGGCGUCCCUGGCUGAACGCAUUAGAAACAGUAGACAAUGAGGCAUUUCAGCUGAUUAUCUAUUGUUUUAAUGCGUUCGGCAUAUGAGAAGCGCGACGUUUGAAACAGGCCUAACGCUCGACUAUUUAAAUGUGUUAAUUAUUCUUUUACAAUACCAUAAACAUCUGCAAGAAUCGUUACUAAUUCUUCAGUUAGACAUGUGUUCCACAGGAAUAUAUCUGCCUAACAUUGGGAAAUAUACACAUGGUUACCUAAAUUAUUGUGGGGAAAGAAGUGCCGGGAAAUUCACCUUCCGAGCUAGUUGUAAUUGUGAAGGACGCAGCUCAACCUGAUCCAGUGGAAGGCUUGCUAAGGGCGCCUCUGGCAGCCACCUUAUGACUCAUGUCUGAUCACGGAGCACAACUACGAUGGAAGGGUCAGUUAGGGGGCUAAUCCAGCGACGCCGGGACGAUAAAAAGGCAAGGGGGGGGGGGCAAACGCACACCAAAGGGCACCUCGACAGACUCCGGUCAAGAUAUAAACCUAUAAUUGUGUGUUGACUUGCCAAUCUAUGAAAGCAAACGCACUUAAUCAGGUCACAUUCAAGAUCACACCUCAUUAUUUUGCCCAAACAGCAUCACUGGAAAUGUGAUUUAUCAGGUAGUAUUUCAUAACUCAAAGGGCACUUCUGCCCCCCUUGCCCCUCCUAUAGCAAAAGGCAAGAGGGGCAGCUGCCCCUCCUGGCCCCCAGUUCUGGCGUCCCUGCUCUAAUCUAACCCAUCCUGUCAACUUUCCCUGUGGGAGGAAACUGGAGCAUCCGGAGAAAACCCACGACUUUCUGUAGAGCGUUGACUAACUCUUUUCACAUGAGUCUCAUUAGUCCGAUGUGAAGAUCCAACCCACGAUCUCAGAGGUGAAAGGCGCUAGCUUGCUCUGACGAUCGCGCAACCGGAAGCUCCUUUUCUUCAAUUAAUACGUAACAUUCGUCUACUUCUUUCUCCCUAGGUCAAAGCGUUCUUCGAAGGCAGAGACGCAGGAUCUGGUGAAAGAGCCGUAAAACAAGCUAUUGAACGUAUUCAGACGAACGUCGAGUGGGUGGAAAGAAGUGCUCAAUCUAUAGCCGACUAUUUGAAAAAAGUUACUUAAAUUAAGGUAACUUGAUCAGAUCAUUGGAUAACUCCAGCUAUAGACUAAAUUUUGAUCCAGACAAGAAAAACAAAAUCCAUCACCACAGCAAGAAAGAGCAUGUUAAAAUUAGUAAAAUUGCAAAGUUUGGCCGCGAAAUGUUGUAAAAUGCGGAACAUAUAGCCCUGCGAAAUUUGUAAAUUUUGUAUUAAUUUGUGUUACGCGCGAGAAAAUGCACCACAUUUGGGCCGAAAGUGGUGCAUUUUCCCGUGCGUAAUACAAAUUAAUACAAAAUUUGCAAAUUUCUUAGGGCUAUAUUUUCCGUAUUUUACAACAUUUCGCAAGCAAACUUUGCAAUUUUACUAAUUUUACCAUGCUCUUUCUAGCUCUGGUGAUAUACAAUUACUUUAUGGUUUUCGUGUUCGGAUGGCCUGAUCCAAACGCGCGGGAAUGUUGCGAGAGUUAAGAAAAGCGAGUGAAAUCACGAGCCGAAGGCAAAUGAUUUUGCCCGCUUUUCUUAACUCGAGCAACAUUCCCAAGUGUUUGGAUCAGGCCAUCCAAACAAGAAAACCAUAAAGUAAUUGUUUUAUAAAAUAACAACAACACGAUAGUCUUCCGUGUUUGGAUGGCCUGAUCCAAACACGGGUUUCGACCAAUCAGAACACGCGUUAUAUACAUGUUAUUUUAUAAUGGAUUUUGUUCUUUUUGCCGAGAUCCAAAUUUAUAGUCUAUAGCUGCAAUCAUUUAUUACAGUCGAAACCCUAUUAACGGACACCUUAAGCGGGCAUACACCUCCAGUCCCAAUGAUUUCUUUAAUAAAAUACUAAUAUCAUUACUCCUAUUCAGCGGUCACGUACAUCUACUGAGCGGAAGCGGGCACUUAACUUGCGGUCCCAAUGAGCGGGAUAACACCUCUCUUAAUUAAGCGGACAAACGAAAUGAGGAAUGUAAAUAUGCAAAUUAAAUUUUCAUGACAAUCCAUGGUAAAAAUCAAUUUGAAGAAAAUUCACUAGACCCAUAUUUGUUAUUAAUGUUUUGUAAUAUUUCCAUGUGGUAUAAACGUUAAUAACUUGAACUAAUGAAGUAAUCUCCUAAAACAAACCUUUCUUUAAUUCGUUUUUAAGCAAUUGCAAAAACUCUCUUCGAAACUUGACUCGCAGGGAAGUUCCACACCAUAACCAGCCCCUCCGUUGACAUGUUUACCUUUUGAUUACGAUUAAGAUAUAGUUCGCCAACUAUUUUGUUUUGUUUUUUUCUGUGUUGGUGUUAUGUACUAGGUGAAUAUUAGGGAAAGUACUAGGGAAAGUUAUUUUUCAGUCGUAUAUUUUAUAACAUUAUGUCAUUCUUUGUCUGUCUGGCUGCAAUCGGCGAAAAUUUGAUAAAAAUUGGAUAAAAAUUCGCAGAGUAAUGGUAGAUGUUCUGAAACGCGCGCCUAGGAUAUCCUGUAUAUAACUUUAAUCAAUGAACAAACUAUGUUUCAUCUCUUUUAUUUCAGGAACGAAGCAAGAGUACAUUAUAUGUACGGUAUAGUUGCUUUGAAUAACGUUUUUUAUAGAUUAGCUAAUAGUGUCUUCGUGUAUGUACGAUAAGAUAUAUAAUCAACGUAGCAACUGUCUGUAAUUAUACUUUUGUCAGUUUUUGUUAAUAUUAAAUAGAAGUAAUUAAAGAAUGCAAUCUUCAAAAGAU